AAGGGGGAAUCACAUCUAAUCCACUGUAAAUGUCCUGAUGUGCAGCAACAGCUUAGAGGGAGGCUCAGGUUUCCAAGGGGUCGGCUAUAUUUAUCUCUGAUUCCAUGCCAGCGGGAAGGGUUUAAAUGGCACCGGGCAGUUGGCGUGAGGGGUUUGAGGGGUUGCAGGAGCCUGGGGGCUGGUGGCAAGAGCAAACAUCUCCCGACCCCAUGGAGCUCUACGAGACUUCUCCCUACUUCUACCCGGAGCCCCGCUUCUAUGAGAGUGAAAACUACCUGCCUGUGCGGCUCCAGGGCUUCGAGCCCCCAAGCUAUGAGCGGGCUGACCUUGGCCUUGGCCCUGAUGGCCGGGUCCCGCUGGAGGAGAAGGGCUCUGCGGCCUCGGAGCACUGCCCUGGCCAGUGCUUGCCCUGGGCCUGUAAGGUGUGUAAGCGCAAGACGGUUUCUGUGGAUCGAAGACGGGCAGCGACGCUGAGGGAGAAGCGGAGACUCAAGAAGGUGAACGAGGCCUUUGAGGCCCUCAAGAGGAGCACCCUGCUCAACCCCAACCAGCGGCUGCCCAAGGUGGAGAUCCUGCGCAGUGCCAUCCAGUACAUCGAGCGCCUCCAGACCCUGCUCAGCUCCCUCAACCAGGAGGAGCGCGACCUGGCGUGCUACCGCACGGGGGGCCCUCAGCCAGGGGUGCCCAAUGAAUGCAGCCCCCACAGUACCUCCUGCAGUCCUGAGUGGGGCACUACACUGGAGUUUGGUGGCAACCCUGGGGACCAUCUGCUCCCAGAUGACGCCUCUGACGCCCACAACCUGCACUCCCUCACUUCUAUCGUGGACAGCAUCACGGUGGAAGAUGUUUCUGUGGCCUUUCCAGAUGAAGCCAUACCAAACUGAGGCUGGGUGUGAGGUGGGGAAGCUCUCCAAGGAGGUCAGGGCCAUGGAUAUUACUGCCUCCAAAGCAGAGAUCUCAUAGCCUUGGAUGUUCCAAAACCAGGAGGCCACCCACUGGAGCUACCAAGUCUCAGAGACUUUCCCUCAUCUCUAAGAGGUUGGAUCACAGCCUUCAGAGGGAAGCGUCUUCUCCAUUCGGCUGGUUUUUUCAGCUCCCUUCUCUCCAGGGAGAGAAAUCAGGGAAUGUUGGGUGCCCCCCUCCUGCAUGUGAACCUGAGCUAGGGGAACACCAGCUCAACAACCUCCCCUUUCCAAAAUGCCUCUCCAUCUUGCCCCCAAAAAACAUUGUAAAUGAUGGGGCCAGGAUCCUGGGCAGUAUGGUCCAUAUGCUCUCAUCUCUCCCUGAUUCCAGUGGCUGGGCUGGGCCCGUCAUAGAUAGGGGAAAUGCUCUAUCCAGGUAUGCCUGGGGGCCAAGCUAUUAUUGGGAUCCUCCUAGCCUUGUUUUGUUUUGCCUUGUUUUGUUUUUAUAAAGUUGACAUUUGACCAAUGUCUCCUUGCACCAAAGUCAGGGCCCCCAAGAGUGGGGUUAGGGAAGGCUGGGGUGGGGGUAGCAGGAGAAAUGGCAAUGGGGAUCUCAAGAAUUGGUUGUUUCUCUUUUUUUUAACUAAGCAUUGUGUGGUUUUGUCAUUGUUUUGUUAUUUUUUGCUAACUUAUUUAGAUUUCCUUUUUUUAAAAAAUAAAAAUGAAUAAAAAUC